CGUGUGUGACAGCUGCACUCUAACUGCAUUGUAGUGAUCACUGCGCCAUCUGCAAACGUUUGCCAAACGUGUUUCAGACGUCUGAUUUAUUCGGAAUUUCAGUAGCGGGUAUUUACACACGAUUCAAAUCGAGCCUAAACGUCUGUUAUCUGUGGCAUAACGUUUACAUUUUUUUGAGUGACGGUCUAUUUGGUCUAUUGAAAACUCAUUGAAGAGAACCGCUUAGGCUCCAUUUUGGAUCGACUGGAUUCGCAUUUAGCUGUCAAUACCGGUGUAUACGCUGCCAAAAACGCUGUCUUUCCCACCGAAGCUCUCUUUCUAUGGUGUAACCGAAAUUUCCCCUCAAAUUUUUUUUGGCCGUCAGUAACUUUGGCUUUUUCGCCCUAAUCAAAAGUUACUCAGGUUUCAUCUGCGUGGGGUUUUUUUUUGUUUAUAGAUAGAUCUGGCAUCCCUGGGUAAGAUGUCAUAUGUUUCAUCUCUUACACAAUUUUCAAAACAAUCGUAAUCCGGGUCAAAACCGCAGUAAAAUCGUAAAAUGUCCAAGUACAAGGAGCUGGUGCAGCUAUCGACAACCUACGCCCGCCGAAUGAAUCACCUGUCGAAUCGAAUUUUCGGUGAAGUGACGCGACCGACCAACCCACAAUCGAUGAAGGUGGUAAAAAUGUUUAGCGAGGAACCUAUCCAGUGCCGGGAUUAUGUGAAAAAUUGGUACCCGAGGCACGUGGAAACUUCCAAGUUGGCGAUGAAACUGCGGGAGUACGGCCUCUUCCGGGACGAGCAUCAGGACUUCAAGGAGGAAAUGAAACGGUUACGGGCCCUGCGCGGAAAGGCGCCUCCCAAAAGGGGCGAAGGAAAACGAUCUAAAAAAUAGUGCGCUGCGGCAUUGGUUGAUCAUAGAAAAUAAAAAAUCGUAAGUUAAACUAUCA